GGGGGGGGAGGCACAGACGUUAGCGAACGCCUCUUAAUGUACUAAGUAUGUUGAAUUUCUUUCGUACCGUACAUAGCCAACCGUGCUCUUCGGAGGAGCGCGGGGGGAAGGACAACAAACGAAACAAAAAAAAGCGUCCACGUUUUCCCUCCUUGUGGCGCACACCACUGUGGCCUGAAAUUAAAUGGCCUUGUUUGUCAUUACAGGAGCGUGCAUCUGAAGAUAUAUCCAAUAACCAGCCCAGUGAAAUUGGUGGAUUUUGAGAGGUACUACACAAUAAUGUCCCGUGACUCCGGGUAUCUCUUCUCGCUUCAGUUCGAGGUUUUGAAUACAAUGGAUCACUACUUCCUGCACUCGGAUGCAUGCCUUCCAGAGAACAAGCACAAGAAUCGCUAUGACAACAUCCUCCCGCGGAACUAUGGGCGAGUGAGGCUGAAGCCCGUGGCUGGAGUCCCAGGGUCAGACUACAUCAACGCGGAGUUCAUCCCGGGUGUCCACGGUCCCAAAAGCUACAUCGCCACCCAGGGCCCCCUGCCCGAGACGCAGGGAGACUUCUGGCGAAUGCUGUGGGAGCAUCGCGUGCGUCUGGUUGUCAUGCUCACGCAGUGCGUGGAGCGCAUGCAGACCAAGUGCUCUCGGUACUGGCCGGAGAAGCUGGGCUCCGAGGAGCAUCACGGCGCCGUGAGCGUGCGCGCCCUGGGACUGGCCAAGCGGGGCUGCUGGGAACUCCGCACCUUCCUACUCCGCUCGCUCGUGAACGAGCAGCCCGAGUCUCGUGUGCUGUGGCACUACCACUUCACGGCGUGGCCAGACAAGGGGGUGCCGCUGGAGGAGCACACCGGCGGUCUCGUCGACUUUGCCCGGGAAGUGCGGAAGAAGUCGGCCACGUGGAAGGCGCCGAUAGUCGUGCACUGCAGCGCCGGGGUCGGCCGCACGGGCACCUUCAUCGCUCUGGACCGCGUCCUGCACGGCCUGCAGACCACGUUCCCCGGUGCCGCGGCCGUUCCGGAGGAGUGCUCGCCCGAGGGCCCCGUGCGAGCCCAAGCCGCCGUCGACCUUCUCGCGCUGGUGGCCGAGCUGAGGCGGAGCCGCGUCAACAUGGUGCAGACCGAGGAGCAAUUCGUCUUCCUGCACCGUUGCAUAUUGUACAUUUGCAAGCAUCUGCUCAAUCGACAACAACGGGAUACCGACAUCUGUGCCUCAGGGACUGCCACCCACGAGGCAAGAGCAGAAGACGUGGAGGGUGCCAUCCCUCUCAAGGAGCUUGUGACCGACUCAUAAUUAUUGUUCGUGCUGCACUUUGACACGAGUUAGGUUUCCAUAAUUGUUUAUUAUGAAUGUACCGUAAAUACAUUCAAUGGAUUACAAACCUUACUCAACUGUAAAUUGACUCCACUAAAAGACAAUAUUUGAGAUGUAAUAUAAUAAAAUAUAUUAUUUGGUGGCACUGCGUUGGCAGUGGUGCAAUAGCAUAAAUAACAAUACUGCUUAACACGUGUGUUAAUAACACUGACCUUAAAAGGAAAAUAUAUAACGGAUAUUGCCUUGAGCAAUCGCACUUGCUAUUGAAGGGCCAUGUUCUGAAACGUUGCCUAUUUUCCAUUUUCCUUUUAAGACCAACAUAUUAUUGGCAAGUGUUUAGUUUUUUUUUGUAUAAUAAAAUAGGUUGUCCGAAAGAAUUGCAAAGUUAAGUACAGUUUUUUUACUUUUUUCAACGCGUGAGGAUAAGCUAAUUUUAUUUU